CUGUCCAUUGCUGUCGCGCUUCUGUCGCUGAUAUGUAGCUAGCUGUGCGAAAUGAGCAAAGGGGCAGGAUGGUCGAUGUGAAUUGACACGUGCGAUGUGCUUCAAAGGCCAGCGCGGCAUGCAGCUUUGGUUGACUUAUGACCACAUCCAUCUCCCAAAAGUGAACAAGCGACUUGGAAGGGGUGCGUGCGAACGGAAGCGUCCAUCGCAGCAAAUUGCUCAGAAGCUCAAGGAGUACGUACGAGAUGGCUCUCUUACCUGCGCAGAAGCCAGAAUGGUGGAAGUCGGCGGUGGUCUAUCAGAUCUACCCAUCCUCCUUUAGCGACUCGAAUGGUGACGGGGUCGGAGAUCUGCGCGGCAUCAUCGAGAAGUUGCCUUACAUCAAGUCUUUGGGAGCGGAUGUGAUCUGGCUCUGUCCGCAUUGGGCAUCUCCUGGAGUAGAUAAUGGCUACGAUGUAUCCAGCUACGAAGCCAUCAAUCCGCAAUUCGGAACGAUGCAGGACAAUGAGGAUCUGCUAAGGGCGGCGCACGAACAGGGCUUGAAGGUCAUGUUUGACCUCGUCGUCAACCACACCUCCGAUCAACACGAGUGGUUCCAAGCUUCGCGUUCAUCGCGUGAUGACGACAGGUCCGAUUGGUUCAUCUGGAGAGACGCUAUCGUGGACCCCAAAGAUGGCAGCAGAAGAGAACCCAACAACUGGGCGAGCGUGUGGGGAGGCUCGGCUUGGACUUGGGACGAGAAGAGGGGGCAAUACUUUUUCCACAUCUUCUCUCCUCAACAGCCGGACCUGAAUUGGGAAUCGGAAACGUUGAGGAACGAAGUCUACGAAAUGGCAAAGAGGUGGAAAGCGCGCGGCGUGGACGGGUGGAGACUGGAUGCCAUCAACUUCAUCAGCAAGCCACAGCACUUGGACGCGAGCGGCAAGAGGUUGCAAGGCGAUUUCCCCGAUGCUCCCAUCGUCGAUUCGCAGGCAAAAUAUCAGGACGCGACGAAGCUCUACGUGCAUGGACCCAAAGUUCAUCAGUGCCUUAAAGAGCUUUACAAAGAAGCUCUGGGACCAGAUACGAUGACCGUUGGCGAAGCGUGGGGCACAACGCCUGAGCAGAGUAUCGCAUACACGGCUUGGGAGACUCGACAAGAUCGAGAGCUUCAGAUGGUCUUUAGCACCGAGCACGUAGACCUGUACGGUGGCCUGUCGCCAGCACCACACACAGCUCCAGACCACUCCAAGAUGCGACAAACCAUCGCCACUUGGCAAUCUUCUCUCAUUUCACACGGAUCCUGGCUCUCAACUUUCGUCUCGAACCACGAUCUUCCACGAGCCAUUCCCAACUUCCUGGGUCCACAAGCAGAGAGGCCAGAGUGGAGAGUCAAAGCUGCUAAGCUCUUGGCCCUGUUUCAGGCUAGUCAGAGCGGCACAUUGUUUGUCUACCAGGGCGAAGAGUUGGGAAUGACGAAUGUUCCACACGAAUGGGACAUUGAACAAUAUCGCGAUCUCCUGUCGCUGGACUUUUACAAGAAUGAACUCGCCGCACGGCGCGCGAAGUUGGGCGACCCCAGCGCCAAGGUGGACAUGAGCGAUGUCAUGGGAGGCAUUCGGCGCAAAGCGCGCGACAAUUCGCGCACACCAUUUCCUUGGAAUGGCUCGCUUCCCACAGGUGGCUUUUCGCCCGCCAAUAGUCAGACAAGACCCUGGAUGCCUCUCAAUCCAGACUUUGCAGAAGGCCAGGGCAACAUCAAUGCGGCUUCGCAGUCCAGCGACCCGAACUCCGUCCUCAACUUUUGGAAACGAGCUUUGGCUCUACGCAAAGCCAAUCCCGUGCUCGUGUAUGGCACCUUCAAGAUGCACGAGGUAGAGCACAUCCUGCCACAAGACGCUUCGGAGGAGAACAAGAGCAGGGCGCACAAGAGCGUCUAUGCGUACGAGAGGGUGCUCGGCGACAAAAAAGCUCUCUAUCUGGGCAAUUGGGGUUUCGAGGAGGUGAAAUUGGAUUUGACGCGCGUCGAGGUUGAUCAAACUCAGGAGGCAGCGCUAGCUACCCAGAAUGCCUCUGGUCAUCUGCUAGGUCCCCUCGAAGCAAGACUCUACCUCUUCGAAGCGUAAUUCAUAUUGAAGGUGUUCUCGACUCAAGCGGGCAGCGCAGAUCUCAUCAGGCCACGUAGACCUGCAGUAUGAUGGCCGCGAAUUCGAUCAU